GCCGAGGGGCCGCGCCGGAGCCGGCCUUGCCGUCAGGCAGGCUAGCGGGCACCUCAGCGCCGUGCCGUGGGGCCCUGGCGACGUGUGGUGGGAAGCGGCUCGCCGUGAGGACGCCUGGCUCGGCGGCGGUAGCGAGAUGAGCGGCAAGGAAGGAUCAGGUGGGUUCAGGAAACGAAAGCAUGAUAAUUUUCCACAUGGUCAAAGAAGAGAGGAAAAAGAGAAUGUUAAUCCUUCUUCUCCUUUGAUGGCAUCUUUUAAAUCAUUUCAGCUGGAGCUCGACACCAGGCAUGAUAAGUAUGAGCGGCUUGUGAAGCUCAGUCGUGAUAUAACAAUCGAAAGCAAAAGAACGAUAUUUCUACUCCACAGGUACAUCAGUGCUCCCAAUGGUGAAGAAGUACUAAAUGAAUCUGAAGUCAAGUUAGAUGCUGUCAGACGGAAGAUUAAGCAGGUUGCACAAGAGCUGAUCGGAGAAGACAUGUAUCAGUUCCACAGAGCUAUAUCUCCAGGACUUCAAGAAUACAUUGAAGCAGUUUCAUUUCAGUAUUUUAUCAAAACACGAUCUUUAAUUAGUGUUGAAGAGAUCAACAAACAGCUAAUAUUUACAGCAGAAGACAGAGAAGAAACAACAAACAUGACUUCCAAUUCCCAGGAUAAGCAACCACACACUUGGAGCCUGAAGGUGACGCCUGUAGAUUACCUGCUGGGAGUGGCUGAUCUAACUGGAGAGCUGAUGCGACUGUGCAUCAGCAGUGUUGGAAAUGGUGACAUUGACACGCCUUUUGAACUGAGCCAGUUCUUACGUCAGAUUUAUGAUGGCUUUACUUUCAUUGGCAACACUGGACCUUACGAAGUAUCUAAGAAACUUUACACUUUGAAACAGAGUCUGGCAAAAGUAGAGAAUGCCUGCUACACGUUAAAAGUACGUGGGUCUGAAAUCCCGAAGCACAUGUUGGCUGAUGUGUUCUCCACCAAAACAGAAUUGAUUGACCAAGAGGAGGGUCUUCCUUAAAAUGAGACUGUCACAGCCCGGAAGGGGAGAGGACUUUCACAGAGAAAUCUUGUUAGUUACGAUUAUUUGGGUUUUGACCCUCUCAAAGCUUUUUAGGUAGAGACAUUUUUAGUUUUAUCUAUGAGAAGAUUGUUUGCAAUAGUAAUUUGUAACCAAAAAUACUUUUUAUGGUGUUCAAGAAAACAAAUGUUUGACUUUGUCCUCUCGGCAUGGAAUUUCCUGUAUUGCUCCAUUGUAUCCUCUUUCAGAAUGACCAAAUGUUCCACUGAGCUUUGCACUGGUGACUGUCAGUAGUGCCAGUCACCUCAAACAGGUGUGGUCACUGUUAUCACUAAUUUGCAGUGGAAGAAAAUGGUUAGGUACUGUUUAUUCAGCAUUGUCCAUAGGUUUUUGCUGAGCCUUGUUUUUUGUGUAUUUGGGUUCUAUCUUCACCUUAUUAUCUAAAAUAAUGCACCUGUGUGCGUGGAAGUUCAACCUUUGACUUGAAGCUGAAGUGGUCUAGAGAAGGUGCUGCAUUAAUGCUUUUAAGCACAAAACUGAAGCUAAGUCAACAUUUCUGCAGUUGGUAAUGAGGCUAAUUGCACCAAGCAUGUAUUACUGUGCACUCGUUAUUUUGGAGCUCUGUCACAAUUGAGCUCUCUUUAAGUUACACAGGUUCUUUAGAUAUUUUGAUAUGAGUUAGAAAAUCCAUUAAAAAUAUGGAACUUAAUGGUUUACAUUUUGGUAACACAUUUUAAUCCAGAAAUUGCCAUCUUUGUAGACAACAGCAGAAGAAAGACCUGCCAAAUACGCUUAACACACAUACAUUUGUUAAGGCAAGUGCUUCUUGGCCAAAACAAAUGAGGCUUUGUGUUGGACGUCUGUUCUGUUGUUUGUGCUGCCCUGAGGACCUCCAGUGGGGUUGAACUGGUAUAAGUAUAGAAAGGGCCAGCCAAGCUUUAAAUAUCUGUUAGCAGGAACUAUAUCAUGUGCAUGUUCCUAUGGAAAGGAAAUUGCAAACAGAAAUAAGGCAGACAUUCUGACUUCCAGGUUUAUCUUUGAGGUGGGUAUGUCACCGCUGGCAAAAAAUCAGGGCUUUCUGCCGGUGUCUGAAGUUAUGGAAGUCUGAUAAUGUACGUUAUGCUAAAGGAAAACAGAUAAAACAACAUGAUCUUUGGACUCCAGGAAAUAGGCCUCCCAACUGCAAUUGAAAAUACUGCAUGUUUUUUAUUUCCACUUCCAUAUGCUGUGAUAGUGCCAAUAUUUUUCUCAUGAGCAUGUCCUGAGUAACACGGAUCGUCUGAUACGUGGGCAGGAAUGGGUAAAUACAUUUCUGUCACAUUUUUCCAUUGUUUCCACAUAAAGCAAUAUGUGGUGGGUGCUUUUUCCCCCCUAUUAUUACUUUUUUUUCUUUUUUUAACAAUAAAUUCUGAAAGCGGUCA